AUGGAAGGAUAUAUUGAUGAAGAAAUAUUAAAAGCAGAAUUACAGAAAGGAUUCAGUGAUAAAAAAGGAAGAAUAGGAUAUGAAGAUAUCAAUAAAAUAUAUAAAAUAUUGAUGGAUAUUAACAGAACAACCCCAAUAUUUAAAGAUUUACCAGAACCACUGACUAAUUUGGCAUAUAAUGUAUUUUAUAUAAAAAUAAAUAGUAGAAAUAUUGAAUGUGAUUAUAAUGAAGAUACUGCUAUAUCAGCAAUCAAAGACUCUAUAGCUCAAAUAUAUGCAAUUAUAGAUGUGAUUAAAGAAGGAGCAGAGACAUUAGACAGUGAAAGUAAAAAAGAGGCAUUUUAUAAAUUAAUGGGGAACAAUCAUAUGGUUAUGACAGAAGUAUAUAGGUAUAGAAAGAAUUUCUAUGAUUCUUCUAUUAAUAUACUGUGUAAGAAAGCAGGCAUAUCAGAACUAAAUGAAGAAAUAACUUCAACUAGUGCAAUAAUUAAACUAUGUGAGUUAGCUGAAUCUGGAGAGUGUUCUAGAUUACAGAGAGUAUUAAAUAUACUAGUGAAACAUGGCGAUAAUCUAACAAUAACAAAUACGGAUGGAGAAGAACAAUCAAAUGCUGAUAAAUUGGGACUAACUAAUGAUGAUAUUUAUUCAUUACAAUUACUUGCAAGAACAGAAGAAUCGGAUUUUUUUGAAUUUACUUAUAACAUUAUAAAUCAUUUAAUUUAUGAGUCGAUUUAUGUUCAAGAUAAUGAUAAAGAUUUACAUAAUUCUAUUCCGAAGUUAUAUUAUACAAUAUAUAAGAUGUUUAUUAUGCGCAAUGAAUUUAAUUUAGAUAAAGAUAAGAACAAAGAUACAAUUAAGACAUGCUUAAAUCAACUGAAGAAUAUGAAAAAUAUUGUUGCUGGGCGUACUGAGCAUGGUAUAUCAAGAUUAAAUCAUUAUAUAACCGAAACAUUAAACCAUACAGAUUUUAAUAUUGAUAAAUUUAGAGCCAACUUACUUAAAGGGUAUUUAAAAUCAAUAAAAUCUGAUGUUUAUGAUAUUGUAGGUCUACCUAUAGAAGGCACUACAAAAAAAGAAAAUCCGGUUACUAUAGAUACACCUAGUAUCACAGACAAUGAAAAUGUUGCUAUAGCUCCACCUGUUACUACAGACAAUGAAAAUGCUACUAUAGCUCCACCUAGUAUCACAGACAAUGAAAAUCCGGUUGCUAUAGCUCCACCUGUUACUACAGACAAUGAAAAUGCUACUAUAGCUCCACCUAGUAUCACAGACAAUGAAAAUGCUACUAUAGCUCCACCUGGCACUAAAACCAACGAUACUGGUGAUACUAUGGAUACAUCUAUAGAUGAGACUGCAAAAAAAGAAAAAGAUACUAUAGGUACAUCUGGUACUGAAACCAAUGCAAAUGGUGGUACUAUAGAUCCACCUAAAAACGAAGAAACCGGUGGUACUAUAGAUACAUCUGGUGUUACAGACAAUGGAAAUGUUGCUAUAGAUACACCUGUUCCUACAGACCAAGAAACUGAUGAUGCUAUAGAUACACCUAGUAUUACAGACAAUGAAAGUGCUACUAUAGCUCCACUUGGUGUUACAGACAAUGAAAGUGCUACUAUAGAUACACCUAGUAUUACAGACCAAGAAAAUAAUGAUACUAUAGAUCCACCUGUUAGUACAAAAAAAGGAAUCUGCUUUAAAACUAUAAUAAUUGUGGCAGUAAUUAUGAUUGUUAUAGCGAUUGUUUUUAGUAUAGUGUUCUUAUAUUUUAAUGGAGCAAACAAAAUUAUGAAUAUUUUUAAUAUUUUGUGAAGAUAAAAAUGAAUAUUCUUUAUGAGU